CGGCGGGUCUCCAUGGCGGCGCCGGCAGCGGGCCCGGUGUUCUGGAGACGGCUGCUGGGCCUGCUCCCUGGCCGGCCCGGGCUGGCCGCGCUUCUGGGUCGGCUCUCCGACCGCCUGGGCAGGAGCCGGGAGCGCCGGCGCCGGAGGUCACCAUGGCUGUUACUGGCUCCCUUGCUCUCCCCAACUGUUCCUCAGAUCACCUCCCCACCUUGCUGCCUAUGUCCCGAGGGUGUGCACAGGUUCCAGUGGAUCAGAAACCUGGUCCCGGAAUUCGGAGUCCCCAGCUCUCACGUCAGGGUGCUUUCUUCCCCUGCAGAGUUCUUCGAGCUCUUAAAGGGGCAGAUAAAAACAGCCAAGAGGCGAGUCGUGAUGGCAUCCCUCUACUUGGGGACAGGACCUUUGGAGCAGGAACUGGUGGAUUGUCUGGAGAGUUCUCUGGAGAAGUCACUACAAUCGAAGUUUUCUUCCGACCUCAAGGUCUCCAUCCUCCUGGACUUCACCCGUGGCUCCAGAGGGAGGAAGAACUCGCGCAGUAUGCUGCUCCCACUGCUGCAGAGGUUUCCAGAGCGUGUGCGUGUCUCCCUCUUCCACACGCCAAACCUCCGAGGACUCCUCCGACUCCUUAUCCCUGAGCGCUUCAACGAGACCAUCGGACUCCAGCACAUCAAGGUGUACCUCUUUGACAACAACGUCAUCUUGAGUGGUGCAAACUUGAGUGACUCCUACUUCACCAACCGCCAGGACCGCUAUGUGUUCUUACAAGACUGUGCUGAGAUCGCAGACUUCUUCACGGAGCUGGUGGAUGCGGUGGGGGAUGUGUCCCUGCAGCUGCAGGGGGAUGACACCGUGGACGUUGUGGAUGGCAUGGUGCACCCUUACAAAGGUGACCGGGCUGCGUAUUGCAGAGCGGCUAACAAACGGGUCAUGGACGUGAUCCAUUCAGCCAGGACCCGACAACAGAUGCUGCAUGCACAGACCUUCCACAGUGACUCUCUGCUGAGUCAGGAAGAGGCUGCGGCUGCUGGUGACCGGAGACCAGCACCAGACACCUGGAUUUACCCACUGAUCCAGAUGAAGCCCUUUGAGAUUCAAAUAGAUGAGAUAGUCACCGAGACCCUGCUGACAGAAGCUGAGCGGGGAGCUAAGGUCUUCCUCACCACUGGCUACUUCAACCUGACCCAGGCCUACAUGGACCUGGUGCUGGGCACUCGAGCCGAGUAUCAGAUCCUCCUAGCCUCACCAGAGGUGAAUGGCUUCUUUGGAGCCAAGGGUGUGGCGGGCGCCAUCCCAGCUGCCUAUGUGCAUAUUGAGCGACAGUUCUACAGCGAAGUGUGCAGCCUGGGGCAGCAGGACCGGGUCCAGCUGCAGGAGUACUGGCGCAGGGGAUGGACCUUUCAUGCCAAAGGCCUCUGGCUGUACCUGGCAGGGAGCAGCCUGCCCUGCCUCACGUUGAUUGGCUCUCCUAAUUUUGGGUACAGGUCAGUUCACCGGGACCUAGAAGCCCAGAUUGCCAUCGUGACGGAGAGCCGAGCCCUGCAGCAGCAGCUCCAUCAGGAGCAGGAGCAGCUCUACUUGAGAUCAGGCGUGGUGUCGUCUGCAACCUUUGAGCAGCCAGGUCGGCAGGUGAAGCUGUGGGUGAAGAUGGUGACCCCACUGAUCAAGAACUUCUUCUGACAACAGGCAGCGAGCACUCACGGACACCAGGGCGUCUUCUGGCCACUCGUGGAACCAGUUGAUGGCUGUGCAGUUGACCACGGCAGGGAACUUCCGGGCUCGCACACGCAGGAUGGAGCCCACGGGGGAGAAACACAGAAUCACCUGGAUGUGGGACAAAGCAAACAUCUGUGGGGGGUUGUCGUUGCUGAGGUUAGACGUGUCAUUUUGGCAGAUGGCCCCUCUGGAAGUGCGGUGCUCUCCAGGUCUCAGUGUCCACGGGUCGGGGGUCACUCCUGCAGAGCCCCAAGAGCGUGGCUGGGUACCUCAGUGAACCAGUUCAGUUUCACAGCUCUGUGUGGUGCUGUGAAGUACAAAGCAGCCCCACACCUUGCUGGAUGAGGAAGGGAUGGGAAAUGGGUCCUGCUCUAGGCAGAUGAGAACAGACAACUGGGAGGCGGUGAUUUCUUCUGAAUCCAGCUAGGCAUGUAGCAUGUCCUGCAGGCCCUGAAGGCUGACUUCCAAAUGAGGCCCUGGCUUCCUGGGCUUUCCUGGAAGAUGGAGGGGAGCUGUAGAGAAAUGUCCCAGGCUUUCCUGAUGGAUGGGGACUUCUCACGGAGUCUCAGGCUCCCCUCUGAUCACUCUGACCUUGUCUUUCAGGGGCACAGCAAUGGGAUGGAAGGGGCUAGGUAGAUCUGUAAAUAUCUUGACUUCUUGCUGUCUCUAGAGAUGAUGCCUGGGCCUUAACAGGUAGUGAGAGCAGGCUGCAGCCAUCAGGAACUCAAAUCCCACCAGCAACGUCUGCUAACAGGACUGUGUGAGCCAGAGAGGGGCACAGGGGACACUGUCUUACUGUAGUGAGGAGCACAUGACAACAGAUACUCAGCAUGGCAGUGGGGUUGGCUUUCUAGCUGAACUCUGAGGAGCAGUCAAACAUUCUCAGGUGCCUUUGGUAUUAGUGAGUUUAGCUAGCUUUACUCCAGGUAAUGUUUGAGGUCAAGGGUUACUUUUUGCUCUAAAAAUUUUAAUUACUAUUGUGCAUAUGUGUUACAGAAUAUUUGUCUAGCUAUGUAAAAAUAUAUUGCAUUUGUUUAUGUUGCAGAAUAUUAGUUUAAUUAUGUAAAGAUGUGUUGCAUUUGUUUAAUUAAACAAAUAUAAAGCUUGCCUGCCUAAGGAACCUGAUAGAUCUAAUAAAAAGCUGAAUAGCCAAUAGCAAGGGAGGGUAUAGGCAGGACUUCCAUGCAGGGAGAAUAAGUAGGAGGAGAAAUUUAAGCUUGGGGAAGAAAAAAGACACCAGGACAGAAUAGAUAAAAGAAUAUUUUCUCUAAAUUUGCCUAAUGAAAAUGGACUUGAUGUUAUAAUUCUUACUUGAUAAUUAUUUUUAUUGUAUAUAGACUCACUAUGUUAAAGCUAAAACCUUUUGGGGAUGGAGAGAUGGCUCAGAGGUUAAGAGCACUGGCUGCUCUUCCAGAGGACCUGAGUUUGAUUCCUAGAAAUCACAUGGUGGCUCACACCAUCUAUAGAUCUAUGCUCUCUUCAAAAAUAAAGGUGCACAGGCA